AAUGUUAGUGAUGAACUAGUGAAAGAACUUGAAGAUCUUGAAGGUGGUGUGACCUCUUCUGUGACCCAAUCAUCAGAAACUGGACAAAUAAUCAAAAGUGAUUCAUAUUUAAACUGUUUAAAAUCUUUCCGUCAAGUCUGUUUGGUCCUGUGGGUUUUUCAUUCUCGUGAUAAGUUUUCUUUCUUUUAUCGAAAACUUCAAGCAGAAUUAUUAUCAGUUCCACCAUUGCAAAGCUCAACUAUGCCUUCUCACUCAGAGCUUUACUACAAAGCACUAGAGUGGGCUACCAAUCUGAAACCACACUGUCAUCUUUUAGCCUCUGGUGAAGAUGAUUUGAAUAAUCUGGCUGUAAGCAUUGCAAUGGAAGCUCCUCAGUCGUUUGACAUUUUAGUUCUUUUGGCUCGAUUUCUGAGUUUCUCCGAAGAUAUUAAUGUUAGAAUCUGGAAGAGACUAUCAUUGCUUUUAGAGAAGUGGAGUUGCAUGUCAGCUAAAAAGAAAGAAGCACAAUCGAUGAAUGUUAAAGAGAUGAGCCUACCUAGCACUGAAAGUAAUUCUUCUGAAUUAUUCAGUUAUAGCACUAAAAAUGGUGAAUACAGCUCUCCUUCAAAAAAUGGCAGUAUUCUGAAAAGUGGAAAAACUAAAUUUUCAAAAACAUUUUUUGAAAAACUUCUUGCUGCAGAGAAAAGAAACUUAGUUAAAAAACUUGAUAUUGUUGCAGAUGUCAGAAAUUCCAAAAAGACUAUUAGAUCAGAUUCAAAGAGCUGUCUGUCUGAGAUUCAUAUACAGAAUGAAACAGAAUUUAUAGAGUUUCUUAUAUUGUUCUUAGAUGUAUCACACAAAAAAUAUAAAGAAGAAAAUAGUUGUGUUGACAAUUCUCCUCCAUUUAUUCCAGAGUUUGCUGAUAAGUGGAAAGAAAAAUUAAUGGUUUUUUCAAAUUUUGACCAGCUGAGCUUGAGCAGCACAGGUAUCCUGACUCCUUCAUCUUUGAAAUCAUCCAUUACUUCGAAAAGGCCCCCUUAUUUUGUAAUCAAUAGGCUAAGUACAGCUAUUAAUAGUAAAUACAGGGAAUCAGUUUUAUUUAAGAAAAGAAAAAUUUGCACAGAGCAUGUUCCACUAAAAAAAGAGAAGAAAUCAGAAAAAGCUAAAAAAACACUUUUUCCAUAUUUCAGCAAAUCUCAAAACUCUUUGUUUCAGGAAAGGUGGAAAAAUAUGAACCCCUAUUCAUCAAAAGAUGAAUUUAACUUUCUUUUCCAUCGGUGUCAAAGCUACAGAGAACUGGCUUGGAAUAGUGAAUCUCAGUAUCGUGAUUCAAACCUUGUAUUGUAUCGAAUAGAAUCAGUAAGUCCAGAAUUGUUUAUGACUCUUUUUCAUGAGGAAAAUGGAGAAAGUGUAGCAAAGCUGAUUAUGUGGAUAACUCAUUGGAGUAGUAGAUUUCCUGUUGUAUCUACCAAAACACACACCCCCAGAAAAUCUGAUCUUCCUCAGAUUAAAGUCAAAGUUUCAGCUCCCCAUCUCCUUUCAGUUCUGUUACACUUAAAAAACAAAAUGCUUCAUCAUCGGAAUCAAACCCAAAAACCCAUGAGUGACAUCUCUCCAUUACACACAAACAGCCCCUCCCAAAAUGUCAAUUCUUCUAAUGUCUCCAGUCCCAAUAAAGUAAGAUGGUCUGCUGAUGUUAGUAAAUCUGAGGAAAAUGAUAAACAGCAUUUGGAAACGGAAGCGGGUAACACUGCCACUACAUCACAUUUAGGAAAACUAAACUCAGAAGUACUAGAAGUCAGCAAAACAAUAGAGAUGGAUGAAUCCAGGACCAACUGUAAUAUAAAAUCAUUCAGGUCUGUUCCUUCCAUUUGCAGUCAAAUAGACUGUUCAGUCAGGUCACAAAAGCAAGUGGAUGAAACAUCGAGAAACAGAAAAGACCAUAAAAUGGAAGAAAGGGACAGUGAUAGUAGCAGCCUUGGCAUUAGUUCUUUAUCAUCAGGAGAGGAUGACUUAAGCAUAUUGAAAAGUCCCAUGAAACAUUAUUACAUGUCUCAAGAUGAUUCAUCUGAAAGAAUUUCUCUGCACGCUUCACAAGGACCAGUUGUAGUUCCAGCAGGACCUCUAAAAUCAGUCACUAGGUUUUCAUUUGGUAAUUCUGAAGUUUCGAAAGAGUUGGUUAUCAAACCCCAGUUAUCAGAUAAAACAGAAGGUGUUCAAAUGAGCAGAAUACAAAAAACUUUAGGUACAACUCCACAUUAUCUUCCAGUGGAACAUGACAACAAACUGAUAAAGAAAAUUCCAUGUCAGCAGGAAGUCAUUUCUUCCAAUGACAUCAGUGCAUUCAACCAAGCUAAUAGCAACAGUGAAACUAUGAAUUAUCCACAGGAGACAGCUCCAAAAACAAAACUAACUGAACAUCGAUUACUUGUUAAAGAAAAAGAAACCCAAGCAAAUAUUGUCAGUGAACUCCUAGAAGGUAAAAGUCGGAACUUUGUUGAGUCUCAGGCAAAAGCAACCAACCACCUACCUCCAGAUAAUGGAAACCAGACUAUUUUAGAAACAGUUCAGGAAGUUUUCAGGAAUGAAGUGAGAAGAAUGGCUGAGCAAUUGGGACUUGGAAUGGUUGCUGGUACAUUAGGUGGUCUGAGUGCUCUAGUUGUCCAGUCAUGGACAUCAGCUGGACAAAUACCCCAUUCUUUGGCUUCUGUUCAGACUCAAUCUUGUCAAUCUACAAAUUCAACAGCACAUAUUCCCACUAGAGAAACUAGUGGACUUACAAACUCCACUUCACAACAAGCAGUAUUAGAGGAUUCUCAAAAGGAAUUCAAGCUACUUAUGCCAGAUGAGACAGUGGGAAAGACUGAACUAAGUGAUAGGCAGCAGACAAAACACUGGGCUUCCAGAAAAGAAAAAAGUAAUCAAGAUGCUAAAAGUAAAAAAAAAACUGCUCUUGAAAAUAGAAAUGAGAGAUUCAGAGAAAAAAAAUUAGAAGAAUUGCCAAGUGAAGAAGAGUCAGAUACAGAUAAAUUUAGUGGAAAGAAAAAUAAAGCGUACAAAGAAAAGUUUUUAGGAAAUUAUUCAUCAUUUAAAAGAAAUUAUCCAAAUAAAUCAGAGAGUACCACUAAUAAUAUUAUACCUUUUCAGCUUCUCCAAGUUGAAAAUAUUACCUCUCAAAAAAAGUUGUCCAAUAAGUAUGCCAAAAAGAUGGGUCCUUUUAGUCUGAGAAAGCCAAAUAUUGAGACUGUUUCUCAACCUCCCUUUCCACUUUUGAGGUUUCCAGUGGAUAAGGAACCAAAAUUAAUACCCCCUUUGUGGAACUCUCAAACUAAAGAUCUUGUAUCUCAGUUGAAGUUCAAAGACAGUUCUUCACCUCUUCAAAAUAUUCCAAGCCAUCAUGAAAAUAUAACUAAACUUGUUAAUAGAAAUUCUUUUAGUAACCAGCAUCAUUAUUUAUUUUUAAGUAAUUUUAAGUCAAAAGUGAAAAAAUCACAAUUAAUAGGAAUCCCACUUUUGAGGUGUGAGCCUGUAAUCCAGGAUGUACCAGCUCAAACAUUAAAACAGGACCUCAGCUCUAAAGUCCCUUCAGAAAUAGUGAAAAAAUUCUUGAUGAAGGAAGAUAUGGUAAAACCACAGAACAAGAACUUAAUUGAAAACAAAGUAAUGACAGAAGCACAGCAUGAACUACAAAAUUUACAAGCUGAUUUUGAGAACAAACAUAUGGGGUGGCAAAAUAAUGAAGAAAAAAGACAGAAAAGACGAGAACAUAAACUCCAGAAAGAGGGAGAUUUGAUUGACUUAAAACAAACUGCUUUAGAAAAUUCUUUUUGGCACAAGAAUAAAAAGGACAGAACUUCAAUUAAAGAUGAUUCACUUGUUCGUGUAUCCAAGAAGACAGGUCAAGAAAUGAAUUCUAGAAAAAUAGAAAAAGUGGAACAUUCUUUGACCAAUUAUGCACCAGAGACAUCAACUUUCCAUUCCAGUACACUUUUACAAAAUAGAAACACUUUUGCAGAUAUUCAGUAUCACGCAGUAUCUGUAUUGAAGAAGAAAGAUAUGGUUAGCUUAGCAUCACAGACUUCUCCAGUUGUAGUUGGAUCUCUUACCAAGACACACACUGCAACCCAGACAGACAGUGAUGAAGAAGAAGGUGAACACGAAAUAAACGAAAGCAUAAAUCUACAAAAAAAAGAAGGUAACUCUAGAAGUUCUGAAGAAAACAGACACGUUCAGCUGGCCAAAGAAAUACAAGCCUAUGAAAAAACUUUACAAGUUGCAUAUCAAAAUAAAGAAGAAAGAUUUAAGGAAUAUUGUGACUAUAAGAGAAAAACUGAUGUGGCUGAUAUAAAGCCCAGUUUACAAAUUUCAUCAGACUUUGCAGAUAAUAAAGGAAGAAAAAACUUAAGACCUAGAAAAGAUUUUGUAUCUGAUGGUGAGCUACAGACUUCUUCUGUUGUGGCUGAAGAACAAGACAAAAAGAUGUCACAGGCAGAGGAUUAUGAUGUAUUUAAUAAAAAAACACAAAAAUCAUUAGUUGUCACUGAAAAAAAAAAAGACAGAAAGAGUUUACAGCACAGAAAAGGCUUCGGAUCCAAUGCUGAGCUACGAACUUCAUCUGUUGUUCUUAAAGAAAAGGACAAAAAGAUGUUACAGACAGAUAAUGAUGUCGUUGUGUUUAAUGAAAAUCCAGCUGUAAAACAGGGAUUAGUCUUUAGUAAGAACAAUUAUAAUUUGAAUUCACAGCUAAUAGAGGAUUCCCAAAAUUCACAAGCUCCAGUUAGAGUGGAAGACUUGACAGAUUUGGUCAUCAACGAAGGUGUGAGUCAUCUUCAAAAUACCGAUCCUGAUUUUCAUGUUGAAGCGGAGGAAAAUGAACAGAAUUUUCAACUGUACACAGCUGGGAAAAACAACGAUGUAGAAAACAAAUAUUUAGAAAAACCACAUGUAAAAGAAAACAUCAAGGAAGUAGUUAAAUCAUCUGUUAACAUUGAAGCCUUAAAUGAGCCAUCCGUUUCAUUCAUCCGAAGCAUAGAUAAACCAGAAGUGGAGGUACAGCAGAAGAACAAAGCCUCAAGCCUACCGGAACAGUUUGCAAUGAUGCAGCAACAGUUGGAAGCUAUUGAAGAAAUGUCAGAAAAUGUUGAAAAGGGAUUCCGGAACACCAAACAGUUUCUAAAAACAGUUGAACACUUAAGCAGUGCAUACUAUGUUGAUGAAGAAAUUACCAGUGGAUAUGAUCUUAUGGACAAUGAACCUACUGGCACGUGCUCUGAUCAUGAAGUUGCCACAGAAAUUCCAAGGAGUUCUGAUCUUCAUAAUUUAAAGCAUGAGGAUGAUCAGAAAAGAGGAGAAGGAUCAAAAUCUGACAUUCAAAGAACAUGUUCUCAAGCUUUAGUUAAUGAUGAAGCAUCUUCAGGCAUUUCUGUCUCAGAAAAGGCUGAUCAGAUGUCAAGUGGAUUCUUAAGUCAGGCUCAGCUGACUGAGUCUGAAUCUUAUCAAGACCUCAAGGGUCUGAUUAUAAACAGACACCUCCAGACUACUGAAAACCGUGAGUCUGUAUAUGCAAGAGCUAAAUCUCAUACAAUUUUGAAAAACAUUACACAAGUCCAGCAAGAGAAAAAAGCUGCAAGAAAUGAACGUUAUCUACAACAUUAUCAAUUGAGAAAGGAGCAAGCAGCAGAACUUUUGAAGGAUCUCACCAUGUCACCUUCUCUAUCAAUGAGAACACCACAGGAGUCAGUUCAAGAUUCAGUAACAUCAGUAAAUAAUAACAUCAAGAGCUCAGCUUCUGACCUGUUCUUCAAUUACAGUAGAGCUCUGUCUGAUAUUCAGGAAGAUGAAGAUGAAAUUCUUUCUCAAAUCAAUGAAGAAUAUGAACAGAAUAUACAUGAGAGAACGUUUUCUGUUCCAGAUGUGAGUCCACUAGAUCUGGGAGCGACAUUUACUGUCCCUGACAUCCCAUUGGGUAGUACAGUAACUCUAAAGCCAAACGAGAAAAAGAUAUCUUUUGGAAGCACCACGACUAUAGUCUUUUCUGACUAUGAAAAUAAUUCAGAAAAUAUCCAAGAACAGCGUCAUGAUAUUCACAGGUUUGGUCCCCAUUCCAAGCUUUUUCCUUUAAAAAGACCAUACUUACAAGCUCUAGAUGAGAUGCAUGUGAAAGGAAUUGAUCCAAAGAGAAUUCAUUCUCUACAGAAAAUUUAUGGAACAAAACGACUGCCACUCAAAGUUUUAGAGGCAGAGCUUGAUCGGCAGAAGUUGAGGAAUUCUAAAACACCAGAGCCUUACCUUGUUAAGCCUUUUUCUCAGAGAAUUAAGCAGCAAAGCCAUACCUUAGGAAAUUACUCCCAGCACCCACCAAAUAGGCCACAACAAUCAAAUAUCCAUGACAGAAAGAUAACCACCACUCCUCGACAAAAACCUUCCAUUUCACGGUAUAAGCCUUAUCAGAGUCCGUAUGAAGAGAUUAAAGUGACGGGUGUAGAUGAGUCAGAUUCUAGUGAAACCCUGAGUUCAUGGUCUGUCCCAGAUGCUAUUCACAACAUCAUCUACAGUAAUUCUGGUUCUCAACAGGAGGAGAGUGAAAUUGAUGAUGCAAGCAUAGGAAGUUUUUCUGAUCAAUCCAAGAGUACCCAUGGUCAUCGUCAAAGCUCUUACACUCCUGUAACAAAUAUUGACUGGGCUGCAGUGGAUAAAAUGAUCUCCAGAUUUGGAACUGAUUAGUAAAGAUAUAUAUAUAUAUUAUUUAUACUUUUUGAUUUUGAGUGUUGAUACACACUUUGUAUCAUUUGUACUGAAUGUAAGUUUAAUUUUCAAUCACAUUUUUAUGAUACUUUGUCAUAAUAUUAAUCCACUAGGAUCGUAAAUUAUUUAAUAAAUGUCUUAGAUAUUUGUAAGAAACAUUUAAAAGUUAUUGAAAACACAGCCAAUUGUUAGAUCUUAGUGAUAAUAUAGAUACUAGAAAUUUCUCUGAGGCUGUUUUCAUAUUUAUAAAGAUCUUUAUACUCUUAGAACACUGUUAACCUCUAUCCUAAAGUGACCGAGUUGGCCUCUAUUUUUGUUGCACACUCUUAAAACAUUGUUAACAUCUAACCUCAGAUGUCUGAGUUGGCCUCUAUUUUUGUUGCACACUCUUAAAACAUUGUUAACAUCUAGCCUCAGAUGUCUGAGUUGGCCCCUAUUUUUGUUGCACACUUAUAGAACAUUGUUAACAUCUAACCUCAGAUGUCUGAGUUGGCCUCUAUUUUUGUUGCACACUCUUAGAACAUUGUUAACAUUUAACCUCUGAUGAUGACUAAGCAGUUUUUACCUGGAUGCUGCUAGGUUUAUUAAGUUUCUCUUGUUGCGUGUACUACUAAAAUUUUUUUUUAUAUCUGUUAUGCACACAUUUUUACUUUAUUUGAAAAUGUUUUGAAUAUUAUAAGCUUUAUUUUGAUUUACAAGUAAAUCUUAACUAGUCUUUGAAGGUCAAUUUUAAUUGAAUAUAUUUUAAGUUCUCAUUAAUCUUUGUCUCUAGUAAUUUCCUUUUAGCAAAGGAAUAACUAUAGAAAAGAACUAGAAUUGAGGAUGUAGACCAAACACUAAAAACUCCUGGUUUCACCUUCUAUACAACAUAUAGAAAUUGAUAUGUAACUUCAAGGAGCCUUAACAUACACAAUUUUACAAGGCUUUUAUACUUAUACAUGAAAAAAUAUUGAUACGUGACAUAAUUGAUCGUUAGUACCUGUAGAUAUCUUAAUACAUGACUUCAUUGAUCUUUAUACCUUUAUAUAUCUAGAUAUGUGACUUCAUUGGUCUUUAGUAUCUUUAGAUAUCUUGAUACAUGUUUUCAUUGAUCUUUAGUACUUUUAGAUAUCUUGAUACAUGACUCUACUAAUCUUCAGUAGCUUUAGAUAUCUCGAUACACAACUUCGUUGAUGUUGUGAACUUGUAGAUAUCUUAAUACAUGACUUCAUUGAUCUUUAAUACCUUUAGAUAUCUAGAUAUGUUACUUCAUUGGUCUUUAGUAUCUUUAGAUAUCUUGAUACAUGACUUCAUUGAUCUUUAGUACCUUUAGAUAUCUUGAUACAUGACUUCACUGAUCUUUAAUACCUUUAGAUAUCUUGUUAUAUGAAUUCACUGAUCCUUAGUAUCUGUAGAUAUCUUGAUACAUGAUGCAACUGAUCUUUAAUACCUGUAGAAAUCUUGAUGCACAACUUCACUGAUCUUUAAUACCUGUAGAAAUCUUGAUGCACAACUUCACUGAUCUUUAAUACCUGUAGAAAUCUUGAUGCACAACUUCACUGAUCUUUAAUACCUGUAGAUAUCUUGAUACAUGACUUCACUGAUCUUUAAUACCUGUAGAUAUCUUGAUACAUGACCUCACUGAUCUUUUGUAGCUUUAGAUAUCUUAAUACAACUUUAUUGAGCUUUGUUACAUAUAGAAUACCUGAUUCGCUACUGUAUAGAAUUUUAGUAAUUUUAGGUAUCGUGAAACAUUUAACCCUAAGUAGGUUCCUCAGUACUUUCUUCACUGACAUUUACUUCACACAAGCUAGGCCUUUAGUAUACACAGAAAUUUUGAGGUACAGCUUUUCUGGCCUUUUUAAUACAUGCAUCAACUUUGGAUCACUUCUUCACUGACAUUACUACACACAAGCUAUGCUAUUAGUAUACACAGAAAUUUUGAAGUACAGCUUUUCUGGUCUUUUUAAUACAUGCAUCAAAUUUGGAUCACUUCUUUACUGACUUUUAAUACACACGUAAACCUUGAAGCACAAUUUUUUUGUCCUUUACUAAAUGUAGAAAUCUUGAUACACCUCUUUAAUGGGUUUUAGUACAUGCAGAACAUCACUAGCCUAUAGUACACACUCAAAUCUUGAAGGACUAUUUCAUAGGGCCUCAAUUGUUUUGGAACUUCAUUUAUAUGACUUCACAAGCUUUUAGUACUCGAAUAAUGAUUUAUACAUUUGUUUAGUAAGCAAAGAAACCAAAUUUGUAUUUCUUUUAAGUAUUUGCUUUCCAGUUACACAAUGUUUUUGGCCAAAAAUAAUUGGUGAAACAAUGGAAUACUAAACCUCUUUUUAUUGCAAGUAUUUAUGAGAAAAAAGAAAUGUAAAUUUUUUCAGCAGCUAUAUUUUAACAGUUGGGUUUUAUCCAGUUUUCACAUAUAGAAGAUUUCUUAUAUUUCUGUCCAAUUAUACAUGUACCUGUAUGUCCAGAUGUUUAAACCGUUACCUGUAAUGUAUUACUUGUCUGUUAUUAAGAUUUUUAUACAGUACUAGGGCAUAAGCCCUGAUUUUUGUUUUUAGUUCAACUAAACCUCCCCAAAAGGCAUUUAAACUGAACUUUUAUCUAGAUUUCAUCCUUUUCUUGGAGUGACAAAUUACUGAAUAUUUAGUUACUAGAAAGAAUGAACUGUUUUUACUGUCCAAACUUGAAUUUAAUUAUUUUUGUAAUAAAAGGAAGAAAUUUUAUGUUGGUUAUUAUCCAGUUAAAACAUUUUCAUACAUGUACUUAAGAUGAUAAAAGAAUUUGUCAGUGAUAGCCACGUGAACUACAUGUACUUAAAAUGAUGAAGGAACUGGUCAAUAAUUGCCAUGUGAACUACAUGUACUUAAAAUGAUGAAGGAACUGGUCAAUAAUUGCCAUGUAAACUAUGUGUACUUAAGGCAAUAUAGGAACUGGUCAGUGAAUGUCAUUUGAUCUUCUGUCCAGAUGUUCUAAUUGUGGAAGUAAUCUAGCACAGGAUUGGGUAAAAUUAAAAAAAAACAUUUACUAUCUAUUCUACACCUAUUAUUUCACUUAAAAUACACAUGUUUUGCCAUUCUUUGUCGUUUAGUUUCAAGUAAUUCCUUGUACAAAUGUCUUUGAUAAAAUCUGAAAAGAUUUGUAUUGUUUAUAAUAAUAUGAAACAAAACUUUAAAAUUACCUUGAAGCAUAACUUAGUUUUUAUUCUGUCUUUUAUAAAACUUUAUGCAGUAGUCUAGUGGCAAGUAUCUUUCAAAAUCACAAAGUAUUUUUCAGAUAUAUAUAUGUAUAUAUUUCUAUUUGUUAGCUAUUUUUAUUGUGACUUAAAAGUUGUAUUUUCCUGUAGUGUCAAUUAUUGGGUAAUUGUUUUGAAAGACGUGAGCCGAAAAAUGCAGAUAAAGGAUAAAUUAGAAGUGUUAAUUUAUCUUCAUUUAUUUUUUUAUCUGAAAAUUGGCAGCUGAUUAUAAACUCCAUUGUUUGCCUGCUAAUUCUAAACUGUGUAAUUCAAUUAUAAAUAUUAUGCUGCUCUGCAUAUUUAAAAAUGUUAAGUCCACCAUAUGUAUGUGUUCUUGUUUCCCAGCAAGUUCUUAGUGUGCUUGUCCACGUAUUCUCUGAAAAGCAUUAUUGGGCACUAGAUGGUGCUAAAAUUUAAAAAGAAAUACAAUUAAUUAAUGAAGCUUCAUUUUUUAUACUGUCACACGACCUGCUACUCAUAGUUUCAGCAUCCCUUUUCAUGUUUUGUAUAAGAGCUCACAGUCAUCUAAUUGGUGGGAUUUCCAGGAUUUUUUAAACAUAUUUAAUGUGGCUAACCACUUUCUCACCUCAUUAUCUUGAUUUAGUAAGACUCUUCCUUCUUUGUCAGAAUGGACUUUUCAGACAUUGUUUGAAAGAGAUGUGCCCACCUAUGGUCUUUUAAAACUAGUUAAUACUUUUAUUGUUGAAAAUCUAGGGUUAGUGUACAACUGGUUUACAAUUUUCUUUGUCACCUGAUUCUUCUUCUUUAGGGUCUUCUCUGUUUUUAAAGUUUUUUUUUAUUGAUGAAACAUCUCACUUUUCUUUAAGAGAAGUUUCGACAAUUCUCUUUCACCAACUUACACGUGUGUUUCUUUUUUCAUAGAAGAUUGUGUGUAUUGUAUAAUCUUUCCUCAAAUGGAACUUUAUCUAUUUAAAAAAAAAUUCAUGGCUCCUCUGUUAUAAUUUCCUUGCAAAGUUAAGUUUGUGGCUUUUUCUUUUUUUUUAAAUUCUUAAGUUUUCUUGUUGGGUUUGAUAACUUAAAAUUGAUUAUGUGUGCCUCAUCAUGUUUCUUGUAUGUUUAAAUUUUAUCAACUAUAUCAGGCCAGUUUUGUAUGUUUCAGGAAGUUCUUUUUGAAAUCAUAAUGAGAAAAGAAGAUAUGAAAGGUGUGUUGCUAAUGUUGAUUAGUCUUCACCAGUUGAAUGUUCAACAUGAACUAUGAAUAAUAAUACGUGUAGCAAUUCUCCUCUAACUAAAACUCUACUUUUAUUUUUCUAAUGUACUUGUAUGUUAUCUGUUCUUUCCUUGAAGCAUGUCUAUUCAUCCAUUUAGAAGUUUACUCUUCUAUUUCAUUCUCUUAAAACCCACAAAUGUAAGAAUUCUGAAGGAUAGCUAAUUUAGCCUUUAUAUCCAGGGUACUAAAUAUGGAACUUGGCAAUUGUUUUGUAGUCAUUCCCAAGGGUAACAACUCAUUUCACCAACAGUUAAUUUCUAAUAAGACAAAACAGUAGAGCCACAAAAUGUGUUUCACUAAUUGGCUACCUAAGAAUUUAUUGCUUGGAUAUAUAAGUUUUAGAGUGACACUCCCCAUCUGUAUACCGGGAUUUCCCUCCCUCAGUCUGCCGGGAGAACGUGUAGUAUGGCUAGUGUGCAUGUCUGGUGCUUGGCGUGGCAGAUGGUACAAACCUGCAUGUGUGCACAAACUCAUACGUGUGCUGUUGACUCAUCUAAUAAACAAGACAGUUGCAAGUUUCCUUAAAAUAUUUACUGUACAUUUUGCAGUGUAGAUAUGUGUAUGGCAUGAAUCCUUGUGGUAAAUUUGAAAAAUUAAUCACCUGAAGAAGAAAGGUAUUCAUCACAGUAUUCACUCAUGUUAUAUUGUUUUGUGAGUUUUAAUUUUAACUUUUUAAAUUCUUUGGUUUUGUUCUAUAUUUUUUGGUAUCUUACAAACACUUCUGUUGUCAUUCUUCAGUAAAUACUACAAACUUAGAAUCAGUAUCUCUACUAACAUUGUUUGGUGCUUCACCUUCAUCAGGAUGUGUGUACUCCUAUUAUCAUUGUAUGUAAUGCUUUGUGUUGGCAAAGCACAAUCUGCUGAUUGGUAGUUUGUGCGAUGUUACAUCACAAUAAGACCGAUUGUAAAAAAUUGUCAUAGUGUUAUUUAUAGGGUUUUCUUUUGGUGAGAUACAGUUCAGGCCAAGUUAUGAGACAUAUUUCUGUUCUUGAUUUAAUUCUUUUUGUGACAAGUUCUUUUUACAGGUGAAGGUAAUGUUACAAUAUUGAGACUUAAUUGUUUUUUUCUUCUCCUCUUUCUAAUUCACUAAUUUGUUCAACUGAAUCUUUAAUUAUAGUUCUUAUCUCCUCUUUUCUUCAUAACCCUUUCCUACAAAUAUUCACAAGCCUUGAUUAUGGUUACUGUGUUACUGAACCUUGUUGGCUGAAACAACCAAUAAAGAAUUUAUCUUUUAUUGUGUCCAGUAAAUGUAGUUUUAUUUUUCUUUUAAUACAGACACUUCUUUGUAAAUGUGGGUUUUUGUUUUUAGGUAAUUGUCAUAUGUAUGUGAUGGACAUGCAUAUUAAGAUAUAGCCUUCUAAAACUAGUUUUUUUCUUCUUUUAUAGUUUGUUGCUUCUCUUAAAAGUUAUGUUAACAAAUUUUCAAGUUUUUUUUUUAAUUAUAUAUAUUGCCUCAAAUAACCAGCUUUAAUAUAUGUAUAUCACCUAGUGUCCAUGUCAUAUAACAGUUUGCCAGUUCUAGCUUGAUUGUAACAGAUGUGUAUAGUACUAGUAUUGUAAAAAUGUGAUUUUAACAACAAGUGUUUUAGUGUACUAUAGGUAAAAUAACAAAGUACUUGCAGUAGAGAAUGGUUUCUCCGUCCAUUUUACUAGAAAAUUAAGUACUUACUUGUGAAAUUAAUUUGUUUUAAUAACAUGUAUUUAUAUUCUUUACACUGUAAAAGAA